AAAACUUAUAGGUUCGCAUAAAAUGGAGAAAACAAUAUCAAUAUUGCCUUUAAAACCAGGUCAAAAAGAGGAGAAGUUCAAGUUCACAGUAAACUCUGAUUUUCGUACCUCUUUUAUGAAAGAUCUUCCUAACAAAAAGACCAAGCUAAGCCUCUUCGAGCAUCGGCUGCAGAACCCAACGAGAGGUGCUCAAGAAAUGUUCAAAAAGAAUAAAGCAACCUACUACAAAUAAAGACCAACUUGAAACCCAGAAAUCGAUCCAAGCAGGCCGUAAAAAUUCUUUCCUCGGCGGAAACUUAGAGCUCAAAUCAGCACUAAGUAAAAAGUAUAAAUAAACUAAAGAGUCCAACUCAGGAACAGUCAAAUUUAAAAAGACUCGAGAAAGCUUUCAGAGCGAUUGCUAAUUCAGGUAACUCCAUCAACACCAGUGAGCAAGCCCAGAAUAUCCACAACGUUAGCAUCAAGCUAGGGGAUUUUAAAAACUUCCUGAACAGAAGAUACCCAAAGAAAAUUGGAGAGAUCAUCCUAAACUACAUUAAGUUUAACGGCAAUACUAUGAAAUUUCAGCAGUAUUGUGACAUGAUGGAGAAAUUCAUGGCUCUCCCUGACGAUGAAAAGUACCUCAUAUGUUUUGACUUCUUUGAUCAAGACAAUGAUAAGAAAAUUUCCACCAGCGAUAUCUUCACCUUCAUGCACCAUGUCAAGGAAACAGAUGUGCUCAAUAUGAAUGAUUGAGACGUUUUGAUGAAGACUAUAAAAGAGAAUAGUGUUCAAAAAGCAAGCAAAAUGAAUCAAACUUUGUAAUGGAUGUGGAGAAAACCAACACAGAAACACUAAAGCCAGAGAAACCUGAGA